CUUUGUACUUGAGGGCAAACUUUACAAAACAUGCUCUGAAUGCUUGAUUGCUAAGAGAACCAUUAAAAGUGACAGCACCAAUAUUGAAAAUACUCUUAUAGAAAAAAUUUCUUUUAAAGAAAUUAGUGAUUAUAUAACUGAUAGCUUGGAGUAUAAUAAUAAACUUUAUAUUAAUUUUCGCAUUAUACUUGAAGAAGAAAUACUUAAUAUUGCUGAUAUAAACAUUAAACUAAUAGCUAAAUUGAUUGUCGAUGAAAUCGAAGAAGCAGAUGGUUAUAAUUGGAC